AGACGGUGAAUAUACGAUUGAACUCGCCACUAUAAACGCAGCAUCCGAAACGUUUGCUGUGCGAGCUUGUCAUCUUUUUCGCUGGCUUCAGCCGAAAAAGGGGCAGUGAAGAAAAACGGACACGACCGCUGCUGCAAACGAAGGGAUUGAGUCGGUGCGGCGCGCGCGGGAAGAGAGAAAAUUUGGUGGUCGAUAAGACGAUUCUUACACAUUUCCGACCGAAUUCUCCAGUGCACAAGGAUUAGCCACAGCGUAUUAUCGCUUUCCCUCGCGCAACAAUCCAGCAGCUGCUCUACACUGCUGAGAACAAUUCUGGUUCGUUUCGUUUGUUUCGAUCCGCAAAAAAGUGUUAGCAGCCGUCUCGAUUCGGAGCGGACUCCGUGUUCUUCACAGAGGUGUAAAAUAUAAAUUAUAAAAAAUGUCGUUCGCCGAAAGAUUAGCGGGAUUGAUGGCCCGCCCUAACCAGGAUAACAUACCGCGGGAUGAUGUGCCGUGGCAUCUGAAGUAUGGUGGACGUGCGGCUGGCAUCGUCGGUGGAUUCUUUGCCGUUCUUUUCGGACUGUACAAUUGCAUCGGCAUCCUGCUCGGUGACGUCGGAUGCCUCGUCGGGGGCAUUCUCCAGAUACUGGCCGGGUUCAUAGUGCUGGCGAUAGAAGCACCAUUUUGCUUCAUCUUUAUCGAUUUCGUGCAGCAGGCAGCCGAAAAGGCGGACCAGAGACCGUACUGGAAUCGGGCUGCACUCUACUGCUUGAUUGCCAUUCCGCCGGUUAUCAUGUGCCUAGGGCUUGGCAGUCUCUUCGGUUGUGGUCUUAUCUUUGUCACUGGCAUGCUGUACGGAAUGAUGGCGCUUGGCAAAAAAGGAUCGCGCGAGGAUAUGGCAGCAAUGGCUUCACCGAACGCGAUGUCCCCGGUACAAGGCGUACCGUCCACGGACCAACACUCUACCCUCAUGGAGGAUCCCGAUAGCGUCGUUAGACAGCAUGCGAGCGGCGGCAGCAGCAGCAUCGGCGGGAACCAGCUCGUCCGCUGAGCGAGGCGGUGGAAUGGCAUCCACUGGCGGACUGGGCGGUGGUACUACCACCAAACAGAACUCGACACUGGUCAACAAUGUGCAACCGAUCGCGUUCAGUUCGCCACCACCGUACGAUAGUGUAGCAUAAGUGCGCAAGGCACACACCACAACCUAGCAAGCAAGCAAAGUUGUUACAAAAACCGGAGCCUAAUUCCUAAUUCCUGCGAGGAAACGCUUUAACGGAUACCCCGAUUCAUCAGACUAGAAGCAACCGCCAGAGAACAGGACGACACACUGUAGCGUGUGUACAAGCGAAAAAGUGUUAUUAAACAAACAGCGUCGGUGUGAGAAUGGUCAAACACGUAAUUUACGUCCCCGCAUGAUUUGCUCGUCCCCUUGUUCGUCGCUCGCGAAAAACUGCACCCAGCAACGUACUUUUUUGAAAUUAUUUACAACACUGUGAUUGUAAGUUAAAAAGUGGUUUCCAGUCUCUUCGCGCCGAGUGGUGGUGAUUUCAUGUCCCGCAUAGCAUCCGAUGUAAACACUUAAGUUAAUAUAUUUGUUACUACAACAAAUAUGUCGUUUGCUUGUGAAUUAUUGUAACGAAUUUGGUUCAAUCCCAGCUAAACUUGUCCCAUUAAAUUAACUGAGGUGAUCUUGAGUUGAUCUUCGAACAUUGAGCUAUUCAAUUGUUUACAUUAAGAAUACCCGUGUAACUGUUAUAUUUCUUCUCGCGCCGUGUAUAUAAAUUGUACAAAACGAAGACACACCGGAUGUAGGAUGAGUACACAGGCACACGCAAACACUAUCCUUUCCGUUUAUGUCGCCAGCCUUUUGCUCGUCUGCUUGUCAUCGAUUCAUUAAUGCGGUUGCAAAUGGAAGAAAUCAUGAGUUUAUCACACGUCGAUGCUUUGGUAGAAUGUGAUAAUUAUUGUGUUGCUUUCCGGUUUGAAGUCUGAUUUUUUGUUUUAGUAAACAUUCCAGCGUUCAAUUCAAGUUUUAACUAAAUUCAAUCUUCUAGGAACUCUCGAAGUUCGAUUCUAGAUAUUGUAGUUUGACGAGCAAUCAGCCAGAGAGAAAAGGUGCAAGGCAUGGAUGCCCAGGAGAGGGGCCACCGAGAAAGGGGGUUGGCAAUCGAAUUUAGUUGAGCGUCAGCGUUUCGAAUACAAUCAUCAGCGAACUGACUGGGGCCCCUCCUGUCUGCUUUGCGGAAUGGACAAGAUGGCCUAAAACAAUUCGGCAGUAAUAAACACAAAAACACCAGUAGAAAAGAGAGGAGUAAGAAAUGCAUGUUUUCCCAAAGGCGAGACUAGAUGUUUCAAAAGUUGCAAAAAAUCACAUAUCCAGAAACAAAAACCAAUUGGAACUUCUUCGUCUGGAACAUCUACUCGCACGGCGAGUGCACUCUUUUCUGCGGGUUAUCCGACGCGUAUCUGGGUCAUCCCUGAACCAAUCGGUCAUUGCUCACUCACAUAACACACUGGGUUAUUAGGGUCUUAAUCUUAAUAGGGUAUCUGGUUCCGUCGAAAGAAAAGCCUAUGAAAACUAACUAAAGCCAUUCCCCCCGUCACGGUGGCGAUCGGACCUCUAGAAGAAGUAACAAUAAGAGGAUAAAUCCUAAAGUAAAGCAUAAACAAAGUUACGACGGAGAAGAGCAAAACCAAACAGCAACAACGGAAAAACAAACUGGCAAGUGGCAGGUUCAGCGAAGCAAAUUGGUCUAAAUGCGUAUAGAUGUGUGUAAAAGCGUUCAAUGAAAGUGUAAUAGUUAAAUGAAUAAAAAAACAAAACACAGUUGAAAAGUAGAGGAAAUCGAUCAACCGCAGACAUAAAUUAUCGACAAAAGGACACGCGGAGCAUGAAACCCAGAAACACGCGCGCGACACACAUUCAAAUGGGUGGUGGUGUUUGUUGUUGGGGAUUAAAGUGGUGUUGUUCAGUUCCCAUGUCCUCCACUCCGAUAACGAGAACAAUGCAUUAUGUAAAAAUACCAUAUUUACAUGAUAAAUAUAUAUUUAUUGUGUACUAUAUAAGAAAACGUAGCGAAACGGAGCGAAACGAUGGAUAAAGCUGGAAGAAUAAACGUAGGAAACAAAAGAAGUAGUGAAAUAAAAAGGUAAAUAUCGUCAUAAUGAGAGCAGAAAAUAAAGGAAUAAGAAUA